AUGGAUCCCAGUACGGUCGUUUUACGAUAUAACCGCGAGAAAUGGGAUGCCAGAAGCCGCCUGGGAAGUGUGUCGCCAACGAAAUUUGUCACUUUGACAUACCAGCGCAGUGAAGGCACACCAUCUCGCCCACAAACGCCAUUUUUGGAGCCACCCAAACAUUUUGACGGGAGGACAGACAUCUCUUCACCUGCGCUUUCCCCUUCGCCUGCGGUUUCGAUGCCAGGGUCCCCUGUUUUUUUCCCUCGACCAAAAGAAGUCAGUGCGGUUUCUGAGCAUAGACCAGUCUCUCAGUCUCUACGAGCGCUCAAAGAAUACAAAGCAUACUCGCUGGAAAAAGCAUGGUAUAUUGAUCUUGUCAAUGUAGCACAAAGACUACGUCUUUUGCGGGACACUUUCAAGGUGAUACAAUCUGUACGUAAAAAACGGAUGAUGGGCGAACGAGCAGACUUUCGCCUGGCACAAGAGAACGCUUCACGCAGCCCAAUGUUUCUGGACGAUGAGCAUACGCAUGCGAAAACAGAGGAUGACGAAAAUAUGGGCCCGCCUAUCCAAGUUCCACCGCCGAACAGACGAGGGCGGCCGCGCAAAAAGGGCACACGUGGACGGAAACCGGCAGUGCGGGUGCCGGUCGAACCUCGCGUCCGUACGCGCCGGGCGCUUGGGUCUCUGCCUUUGAAGGGCGAGGACGCCCCUACAGAUUUGAGCGCGCUCUUGACACAUCCGCCCAUUCUUCCAAGUCAGCGCCAUUUUGUUGUCGAAGGGUUCGUACAAACGCCAUCUGAGACGUUGUCAGAGGCCAAUGAGAUGGCAAGAGCAAGGCAGAAUGCUCCUGCCAAUUCGAUUGAAGAGCGGAGGAAUGAGAACGCUGGAUUUCAAGGUGGAGUUGAUGCUGGUUUCAACAUAAACGCGCAGGGCGAAUCAAAGAGCAGUGCGAACGAUUCAUUAAACACAUCAUUUGCUGAGAGUUCAAACAUAACGAGCGACGCGACUAAAAACAUACCAGAGAGGGGACACGAGAAAAAACUUAUAGAACUGGGACGUUCUGAUAACGUAAUAGCCGAGCCUAAAUUCUCCACCAGUGAUCUACAAUCCUCCUGGAAUGUAGUCACUCCAAAAGAGUAUGUUCAAUCUGAUGUUGGGCAAGAUCUGGAUUCAGAUACUCACUUUGAUGAAGAAUUAUACGGUGACUAUAUUUCGACGUUUCCGGUAAAAUCUUACGCUGGUGGUCCAUGA